CCCAAAAGAGGCAAACGAUCUGCCAUUCAAAUUUAAAUCUCCAAAACAAAUCAACAAAAAUGUCCACGGUAUGUUCUCACCCAUUCAGCUCUAACCACGUGUCCGUACACUUCCCUUAUUACUUAACGGAACCGUCACCAUCCGUCACGGCCCAUCUCUCUAUCUCACGAUACUCCCCUUCCGUUAAACCUCUUCUUCUCUCUUCCUUCAACGUCUCAUCCCGACUCUAACGUCGCCGUUCACCAACAAACCCUAACCCUAACGUCCCCUAAUGGCCUCUUGUGACGACGAUUUUCCGCUCCUUGGUGACGACCACCACCACCAGAUCUACCAACAACAACAAAUAGAACGAUCACCCUACACGCCUCAACGUUUCGAACCUGGACACGCGUCGCAGCCUCAACGGAUCCCCGAGAACAUCGGCGUGCGAUGUGGAGACGACGAAGAAGAAAACGCUAUCGAUUCGGCUUUCAAUUCCGCUAACAACAACAACAAUAAUAAUUCUCAAAUCGUGGUUGCACGGACGGCGGAGAAAAGGAAAGAUCGGGAAGAUGUCAACAAUGGAGACGUUAGUAAUGUCAGUAGCCCGUACAGUUCGAAGAAGUCGAAGCAGUAUCAGAACGAGUACAGGAAGGAUCGGGAGGAGUGGAGCGACGCGGCGAUCGCGUGCCUUCUUGACGCGUAUUUGGACAAGUUUAUGCAGUUGAAUAGGGGGAAUCUGAGGGGAAGGGACUGGGAGGAGGUGGCGGUGACCGUGAGUGAGCGGUGCGAGAAGCACAGCAAGAGUGUGGAGCAGUGUAAGAACAAGGUUGAUAAUUUGAAGAAAAGGUAUAAGUUGGAGCGGCACAGGAUGAAUAAUGGUGGAAUUUCGACCAGUCAUUGGCCGUGGUUUAAAAAGAUGGAACAAAUUGUUGGAAAUUCAGUGCCUGUUAAGAAUGUGGCUGAUGAAGAUAAAGGAAGUGGCUCUUCCAUUUCUAAUUCGGUUAGGCAAUCCAAGAGGUAUAUUGUAUUCUUCUCGUGCAUUUGUUUUGUAAAGCUUUAA